ACUACGCGAGUCACCACAUUGGAGCAGCUCGGUGCGGCUUGAAGUGCCGCGGUAUACUGAUGCCGUGAUGCCGAGAAAGCUCUAUCGUGGAUCCUGGAUUCCCAGCCAAGGCGAGGAGCACAGAACAGCAGCAGUCUAAUCUUCCAUCUAAAUUAGUGCUCAAUGGGCACCCGAGAAGCAAACAAAGCUUCGAGGAUACUUCAGAGUCGUAAGAUAUUCUGCCGCGAGAUUGUUGAUUCGGGAGGAGGCGAUUAAACAAAAGUCUUUGAGCAAGAAAGGCAACAACGAACAAAAAAUUAUUAUUUUCAUAUUGAUGAAUCGACGCUACUACCAGUUGAUUGAUAGCAGCAGCAGCAGCAGCAGCAGCAGCAGGAGAGUGAAAAAAUAAUACUUAUACCAAUAUAUGCACAGAGAUAAAUGUAUUCGUACGUAUAAUGGGAAGGAUUAGGAUAAUCAAAAAGGUUGGAUUCGGUUGAUUGCUGGUCCUGAGUUGGAUAUGCCGUAUUCCAUAUUUGUAGGAUGGGGUGCGUCAAUAGUAAAGCAGACAUCAACGAUCUCCAUCCGAAUAUAUUCCAAGUAAUGAAUGUCGACGAUGAGGGUAAUUUGAUAACUCCUGGUCGACUGGAAAUAACAGAGUUGGAUAUUGUUCUUUAUCAGCGUGGCAAGCCACCUGUAAAAUGGCCGUUAAAAUGCUUACGAAGAUACGGCUAUGAUUCCGAAAUCUUUAGUUUUGAAUCUGGGCGCAGAUGUUCCACAGGGCCUGGUAUAUACGCAUUCAAGUGUCGUCGAGCUGACCAAUUAUUCAACUUGGUACAGAGCAACAUUCAAGUAUGCAACAGUAGUGGUGAUGAUACAGUGUCUCGGGAGCUCUCAAUCACAGCUCAUCCCGCCCCAACAAUAGCGAGAAUGACGACAAUGCCAUCGGUCGAGGCAAAUUAUCUGGAUCCUAUACCAGCUCGAAGCAACAACAGGGUCACGCCAAGAUUUUCUCACAGUCAACAAAAUGGAAUCGGUAGAUUAAGCAGUGUUAGUAGUAGCAGCGGUCCCAUCUCACCUCAGGGAACAAUGGGUUCACCUUCACCCCCACCACCCCCUCUGCAACAGCCACCGAUACUUUCUUCGAUGAGCCAACCAGCGCACUAUAACCCGUCCGCUGUUUACGUCAAUGAUCAAGUGUUGUCGGCGAUCACGAUGGAGCUGGAGUUGGACAAUAAUAACAAGAGUGUCGGCAGAACGAUGCAAAGGUCGCACACUGUUGGCAGUGGCACGUCGGGCAGUGGUGGUUUCUUGCCUGAGGCCGUCACAGGCAUCAUGGUAAUCAAUCCCGAAGUGAAAAAAGCUCAUAACAGGCCCGCUCCGCUACCAUCAGCAACUUAUAUGAACAUCGAGCUUGGCAGCGAGCAAAGUCCUCUUUCUCCUAACAUACACAUCAUCAGCGAAGCGAUGCAAUUACCCAGAGAUGAGAUUGGAGAAUCCGAGAGAAGCCAGCAUGCUUACAUGAACAUUAGUCCUGGGCUGGAGCCUGGUUUAGAGCCGAUGCUAAGUCGAAUGCGUCCCCAUGUAAUUCUGGACUCUUACUCGCAGCAGCAACAGCAUCACCACCACCAUCAUCAUCAUCAUCAUCAUCAUCACCGUCAUCCUCAUUCUCGUCCUCAUUCUCAUCCUCAGCCUCAUCUACCGCCGACAGCAGAACGGGAAGACAGUCCACGACACUGUUACGCCAACCUUGACAAUGCUGAAAUUGAAGAUUUGCGAAUAAAAUGCAGCAAUAAUGGUGUCGGCAGCGAUGCAACGAGGACUGAAAAAUCACCACCGUUCAAAAGUCCCCAGGUACCUGCCUCGGCAUUAGCAUCUUCUCUGACGUCUUUGACUUCGCCGACUUCCGGAGUCCCAUCUCCGAGUCCUCCACCAUCAGCGGAACCUAUUCGCGAAGUAAAUUAUGCCGUAUUGGAUUUAGACAAAAACAAUGCACCGGCCGUAUCAAGCAUUACGCUCUCCGAACAUUUCGCGAGCGCGAUUCCAUCCCCACCAGACUCCCCGAACAAACCUCCUAAGGGUUACGCCACCAUAGACUUCAACAAAACAGCUGCCCUCUCUCAUUCCGUUAAUCCGAAUGUAUCGAACGACAACGAGGGCUCACGAAAAACUCGUCACAAUUCGACCAUUAGCGAUUUGACAACACCCUCAAGACACAGCUCCUCGAUAAGCGAGUGAGCUCUUCCCUUACGAUACUUCAAUCCUUUUUCUUUUGUACUCAUUAUUAUCAAAUACGAGCCUCUCCAAUUAAUUGUAGCGGUUACUACGCCCUCACACUUUAACGGAUACAAAACUCGUUUCGUUCGAAGCAUUCAGUCAAAUUCAUCGCGAAAUUACGGCUGCCAAAUAUAUGUCAUUUUAUUUCCCCUUUGUAUUUACACCAUUUUUAUGACAAGUUUCCAAAGAAACAAUAAUCCCGGUGUGACGGAAUUAUCCUCGAUACCCCAAAGCCAUCGACUGGUUCAACCCCAAAAUCGUUGUAUUAGAGAGCGAGAGAUGGAGAAGGAAAAAAACGUUCGAGGAGUUGACACAUGAAAAAUGCAUCAAAUGCAUAUCGCUUGAUAUUUAUAUAUGAAAAAUUUGCCAAAAAUUCGAUGGUUUUAAACAUCCAUGAUUAUAAGAAUAACUAAAAAUACAAAUGUUACACACAAACGAAGCCAAAGAUUUACGAGGAGUAGUAAUUUGUGUUAGGAAUCAUUUGAAAUUCUGGGUUCAUACAUCAUCUUUUCAAACAUAAAAUGUCAAUCAUUUUUCGCUGCAGUUAUAAUGUUAGUCUCAAGUGCGUGAAUUACGAUGAAGAUGGUAUUGUAAUUUGACACAACAGAAUCAUAAUUUUUUGAGAAAAUUUGCUGAACAUGUUCCUCAAUUUCCAUUAACUAUAUUUAGCAUUGUAAAAAUGAACUUUAAAACGCAACACACAGUGGCCCGGACUUGUCGUUGGAAAAAUGAUUGAAGAUUUGUUUCCUUUAACCGCAACAAUAUUGAAAAAUGCUCGCAUCCACGAAUUUCAAUAUUUAUACAUAAAGAUUUCAAUUAACCGACAUCAUGAAAUUGGGCCAGAAGAAAGGAACACUAUUUCAUUCAUGUUAGAAUCGUGAUCGAGGAAAUAUCGUAAUAGUUCUCUCUCUCUCUCCUCCAUCCCUCUAAAAUACAUAUAUAUUUUUUCUUAAUCGUAAUUUUUACAACGAAGCCAAUGGUAAUUCGUACAAAAGUUGUACCGUUGUUGUACGCAAGAGAAACACUGAAAUCGAACGUAUACCGAAAGCGUAAAUAACGUUUAGAAGUUAAGUGUGUGGCUCAAUAAUGUAUUUUGUACUGGACACGCCUGCAUGACGUGCAGAAAAAUACCGAAUCUAAUGGCUGUGAAAAUGUCAUUUGCCAAGAAUGUCAUGCUCCGAUAAAAUGUUGUAUUGUACGUGUCGUGACCUAAUUAAUGAACAAUUUGUCUGAUCCACAAUAACGGAUAAUAAUUCAUACGAAAAUUCAAUAAAAACAUAAUUUGCGGCGAGUUUCUUCGGAGGAACUCUGUUGCGGUAGUACGUAAGGCACAUCAGCUCGGUGUUAUAACGUGUAAAAAGUAUUGGUAAGCAAAACUUUAUUUUUCUAUGAGAAACUACGAGAAUGUCUUCUUAAUUUCAUUGACGCGGCCAAAAUAAAAAUACAGAAAAACAAAAAAUGGCCAAUCUCGGUCCGCCUCGUCCGACCGAUUGUAUGCGAUUGAAUUGGCAGACAAAAACAUAAUAACGUGUACGAGUUACAUCAUAACAAUUGAUAUGAUCCAGUGUACACAAACAUCAUACCCACACAACCAGUUAGCCUAUAUAACUAUUUAUGCGAAGGUCAUAGUUCAAGAAUUACCAAAAACCGCGUAUAUUUUAAAUAAAACGUGUCAAACUAAAAUAACUUACGAUAUUAUUUGAUACGUUUACUUUCGGUAAUUGCACAUAGCGUGUACAUAGAGCGAUACGUAAGUAGAUGUAUAGAGAGAACCAAAGAUAAAACAAAUGUAAUCCUGUUUAUUUGUACUGCAUUUCGAACCAUGAUAUAAUAUACAUGGAACAUGUGUAUUACAUGGAAAUGUUAUUGAAAA